GGUGAAUCUCAGUCCACUUUUUGUUUAUAUGAACGUUGUUGUUAUUGUUGCUGCUUGAUUCUGAGAAACAUGGACGACGACGAGGUCGACCAAAGCCAAAGCCAACGCCAGAGCCAGAGCCAGAGCGACGUGGACCACACUGCUGACCACCACGACCACCCACAGAAUGAUAAAGAGGAUGCUGCUCACUGCCAUGAUACUGAUACCACUCCGGUGGCUGCGUUGGACAGCCAGCAAGAAGCAGAAGCAGAAGCACAAGAGGCAGCGGCACACAAGCGCAGCCAAGCCGAACCAGCUCAAGCGUACAAGCACACUGCGGCUACCACUGAUGACAACCCUGAGACCAAUACUGCUACGAAUGCCACUGUUGUUGCUGCGGGCACGAGGCGACGCUUGGUCGGAGCCACGUCGCUGGUCGUGCUGGCCAUUGCGACCGCGGCUGCGUUCAGCUCAGUCCUGCUCCACCCAUCCACACUCAUCGUCGUCGCAGUCGCAGGCGCAUAUGCACUGGUCAGAGUCGCGCAGGAUGGCAGGCUGCCGUCGCUCUUGAGCUGGGUCACGAUUGCCCGGCCGUCGUCUCGUUCCCAGGCUCCGCUGCUGCCAGCGACGACAGCGAAUGCUGCAGCCGCCGUGUGUGCUGUAUGCCAGUCGGACAAGUGCAACCAUGCAGACCGUCUCGUCAAACGGAACGGUGGCGUCACUGCGCAGUCGUCAGCAUCUUUAGCUGGUGCGCCCGGCGGACUUCCAGCCAUGGCGUAUGCGCAGUCGGGUUCGUCUGGACUAACGUCAUUCACUGGCGCUGUUCAAGUGCCAGAAACCCUGGAUCGCGCGGUUCGACUCUACCUCGACAAACUGCUCGCCGAUUACGUUGAUUACUGGUUCACCCCAAUCAGCGCAGACACGCUCUUUCUCGACGAGCUGCGCUCUACACUGCGGUUUGUGGUACUAGGCAUGGUAGAUCGUGGUUGCAAGGUCGAUUGGGAGGCCGUCGCUUGCACAGACAUGCUCCAGGUUGCCGCAGAACUGCUGCACGCGUACAUGUGCGCGCUGGAGGACUUGAAGCAACAAAAGCGCGCCAACCCAACGCGGUCGCAUUUCAUUUCCGAUCAGGAGAUGGCCAGCGCAACUCUAAAGCGUCUCCCCAAUGGCGGCCAUAUCUGCAUGCAAAGCCCCGAGCUCGAGCUCGAGUAUUGGCGCAAGAUUUCCGACCGCUUGGCCAGCCUGCUCAUGCCCGCUCCUUUACCAGACUGCCAGUCUGCGCAGCACUUGUUGCGCGAAAUGUUUGCUGCGAAAGUGCUUGUGCCCAGCCUGCCUGCAAUCUACGACACGGACUUUGUCAAUCGAAUGCUGUACAAGGCACUGUGCGAGUACGUGCCAUUCGACGGCCCUGUCAUGGAUGGUCCCAUUACGCGCCUUCGCCGCCCCGAUUAUCAUACUGUGCCACCCACUCAGGCUGUGCUAUUGGCUGGCUAUGGUGGUGGAAGCCCACUCGCCUCUGUGCUGCACGUCGCCCUGCCAGACAUUCUGUCUCAACCGCCGCUCUUGUUUGUAUUUAUGAAGUUCCUGGGCACUCAGCAAGCCUUGCACAUUUUGCAGUUCUGUUUGUCGGUUGAAAACUACAAUGAACAGGCUGUGCAGGCCACGCGUGCAGAUCCCGAACAGCAGGAGGCGUUGGCCACGCAGGCCAAAGACCUUUUCAAAAUGUACAUAAAACCCGUCGGAAUCUCCGCGCUGCCAGUCGAAGACGCAGAGCGCGUGCGUAUCGAGCGCCUGAUUUUCGGGCAAGAAGAGUCUGGGCGGCGGUUCCCCGAUGCCACUUGCUUUAUGACGACCUACAGCACUUGCUACAAGCUCCUCGCCGAAGUGUACUGCCCACUGUUCCAGCGUAGUGAAAUGUAUUUCAAGUUUCUCUGCCAUGACAGCAAAGCCCUGUCUGGGCAAACACCCACACAGAGCCAGGCCGUCCGGCCAGUGACACGGCAAGCUGUAGCGCCAACCUCAAGAGCUCCCCUCCGUGGCGCGGCUCCGCCAAUGUCUGCCGCGACAGGCCAACACUCCAACACUAAUGCCGCCACCAAACCCAGCAAAAUGGCAACGUUCAAGGCCAAGAAUGGCGUCGGGCUUCAAACGUCUGCCGUUCCAAUUCCCGUCACCAAGUCAGGCUCCAAUAACAAUAACAAUAAUAAUGGAAGCUUGCCACGAACACCAACUGUAUUGAGCUCGUCGCCAUACGCACUGAGCAGCGGCAUUCCCUCCGCGAUUGCUGGAAGCUCGCGUCGCCUUGAGCACGCGAGGACAUCGAGCACGUCUUCCAGUGCUUCCGAUCCAGUCGCGCCGCUCUCAGAAGCUGGCAAUGUCGAGAGCACAGACAGCCUUGCUGUUUCCCAAUCACCGCCUCUCCGUGACGCCACUGAGGGGGCGACUACGGACGAUCUUUCGCCUUCUGCGUCUGUGGGCCCGUCGGCCUUGGCGUCAACGGCUCACUCGCAGGAUGUGUCGCUGGCUGCAUCGCCGGUGGAAUCUCGAGCGCAUUCCAGGUCACACUCCCGGUCUACGUCUGCCGUCUCCUUGGCCGGAGUUGAAAGUGCCGUGCAGCAACAGCAGAUGCCACCACGCCAGACGUCCAACCCGUCAAACUCACCCAGUCGACCCCUCACCCCUGUCGCUGCCACCCUGGGAUCAACGCCUCCAACACUACCACAUCCAACCUCCGACCUUGCUCCUGUGCGCCAGGGCAUUGAUAUGAAACGCUGGCGGAUUGCCAUUCGCAACGUUUCCACGCAGCGCGAGAAUCUGAAAAAGUACGUCCUCUACCGAAUUGCAGUGACUGCUCCGAUGAACACGCUUCAACAAGUCGUGGAUCCCAGCUCGAUCGCCGAGUACGCGUCCAUGCCUGGUCGCGAUGAAGAGACAUGGAUUGUCAGCCGGCGGUACAGCGACUUUGACGCGCUCGACACGUGUCUCCGCAACUCUUCCUACGGCGAUCAGGGCCAGCUCGAACUCCCGGGGAAGAAGACGUUUGGCAACAUGGAUGCAAACUUUGUCGACACGCGUCGCGCCUCUCUCGAAAAGUAUCUCCAAGCACUCAUUGCAGACGUCAACCUGCACGAAAGCGUGUUGCUGCAUGCCUUUUUCACCCCGACUCCAACAUUCCGGCAGCUGAUUCAUGAUCUCAACGACCACGAUGUCAGUCGCGUCCUGAAGGCGGUUCCGCAAAAGAUCAAGGAGAUUUCUGUGGGUAUCGUCAGCGCGCCAAUGCAAUGGUUUAGCGAGGCUGGAAAUCGCGCUCGAGAGCUCGAAGGGGCCGUCCAGUCGUUCGUUCCUUCUCUCCCAGCGGCGUUGUUUGACUGGCAGCAACAUCGGUUUCAACGGAAGCGCGCUGCCGCUCGAUUGAAUGAAGAUGUUACCUCUGCGAGCAACGAUCGCACUCAAAAUCUUACCAUUUCCGGACCAAUGGAGACGGCUCUAUUCGUCCUUGAAAAUGCAGCAGACGUCCCACGCUCGCGUUGGAAUGCUGCAGCGUCUCCGCCGGCAGAGCGUGCUCCCGCUUCGACUCCGGGUCUACCGCUGCUUCUUGCGCUUGGAAAAUUCGCGGCUGGUGCCACAUUUGAUGACUUUAUUGAACGAAAGCUCCGUGAUAACAUUGAGUUUCAGCUGAGAGAAAAUUCCGCCCUCGACUUGCUCCAGCUCUUGUACGCUGCAACAUUCGACGCUGCCCCUGUUGUGACCGACGAAGAGCGCGCGCGAAACAAGCAAAUUGCUUACGACGAAAUGUUCAAGUUUCUUCCUCCCAUUGCUCAUCACAUUGUCGGAGUCGAGUACUUGCGAAAUUGCGCUGAAAACUUUUUCGAGCUUCUCCAAAACCCACAACUGUCCAAGCAGCUCGUUCUCAGUGUUCUUGACAUCACCAUCGUCAAGUUCUUCCCCGAACUAUCUGCUAGCGCCACCCCAAUCCCUUGAUAAGAAAAAAAAAGCAACCACAACAACCUGCCUUGAUACUUUGAUGUCGCGAAAUUGUAAUGAUACAAUCUGAGUUGAU